GGGAUGGAGCUGGUUGUGCGCUGCGCGCUCGGCAUGGCCGCGGUCUGUGUGUUGGGAGCCUGGCUGCUGGCCGGGGCUGGGACUCUGUUUCUGGCCGGAUUGCCCUCAGUCCUGCCCCGGGCGGCCCUGCUCCUGCUGCUCCCCGGGAUCCCCAUCGCUGUGUGGGUGUGGCGGCUCCUGGGGGCCCCUCUGUUGCUGCUGCGGGCCCCGGAGGAGGUGGGGUACGUCCCGGAGCCGGGCAGGAGCCGAGCACAGACCGCCAACAUGGUACAGAGACGGAGAAAGAAGGGGGACCUGCCCCCGGUGUACCCCAACGGCUGGUACAAUGUCCUGCUAUCCUGUGAGCUCCCACUCGGGGGAGUCCGCCCUGCUACUCUACUGGGUGAGCAGAUUGCUGUGUACCGUACUCAGGAUGGCAGGGUGUACGUGGUAGAUGCAUACUGUCCUCACCUAGGGGCCAACUUGGCCAUAGGAGGUCAAGUGGUGGGAGACUGUAUAGAGUGCCCUUUCCAUGGCUGGCAGUUCCGUGGAGAAGACGGGAAAUGUUCUCGGAUCCCGUAUGCAGAAAAAGUUCCGGAUUUUGCCAAGAUAAAGACGUGGCCAUCCUGUGAGAUAAACGGAAUGAUAUUUGUAUGGUUUCACUGUGAUGGUGUUGAGCCCACGUGGUCUGUACCUGAACAGCCUGAAAUUACAGCCAAGGAGUGGGUAUAUCGCGGCCGCACUGAGCACUUCGUCAAUGCCCACAUCGAGGAAAUUCCGGAGAAUGCUGCUGAUAUUGCACACCUGACAUUUCUGCAUGAGCCGGGCAUUAUCACUGGCACAGACUUGAGAUACACAAAGUCAAGAAUAUGGGACUUUGUCAAACAUACAUGGAAGGUUCAGUGGAUGCUGGAGCCACCUCCCAAUAAACACUGCUCCCAGAUGUUGCUAGUUCACCAGCUGCUCCUUUUUGGAAAGCAUGUCCCCAUGCUGGAUUUUAAUGUAGUUGCCAGACAGGUCGGACCUGGGAUUGUGUUCCUGACCUUUAAUCAUAACUUUCUUGGUACAGGAGUAAUCUUGCAGUCUGUUACCCCGGUGGAACCUCUGCUGCAGAAAGUGACUCACAUCAUCUACUACCAGAGAAACAUUCCUACACUGGUCCCCAAGUUAAUGUUGAAAGCAGAGUGUAUUCAGUUCGAGAGGGACGUCAUGGUUUGGAACAAUAAGAAAUAUGUCUCCAAACCUCUGUUGGUGAAGGAGGAUGCUGCUAUACAGAAGCACAGACGCUGGUAUUCACAGUUUUACAGUGAAAACAGCCCACAGUUCUCAUACCAGCAGGAAAGCCUGGAUUGGUGAUGGCAGUUGGAAUCACACCUGGAGCGCCUCCUAGUGGCCGCUGUGCGAGAGCAUGCCACAGCUUUACUCCGCUUAGACUUGGUUUGUGCUGAAUUUCUACAGCAAGUGUGAUACUUUAGAUCAUGAGUGAACUAUUUAAAAUAUAUCAUAAGAUAUUUAUUUUUUAUAUUCAAAGCUUUAACAAUUUGGUCUGUACCUGUAGAUUUUUUUUAUUUUUUCUAAACUGAUGUUCGGUGGAAGCUGUAGUGAGAUGGACCAGCCACUGGCUGAACACAUGAAAUGCCGCCACACAUGUUCUUGUGGAGCAGUGUAUCUUGCAUCCUGGCACUGUUCUGGUAGCCAAACUGGCCCCUCCUUGGCUUGCUUCAGAUGUGGAACGCGGGAUGAAAACAAGCUUUAAGGAUUUAUUUCUCUGUUGGACUGUUCUCACUUGCUAAAUAUGUGACGUGCAUUACAUUUUGGGACUGUGAAAGUUGCUGUAUGUAUAAUGGGCACAGAUUGCUCACUGUAUGAAGGGGUUUUGGGCUGUUUCAGGUAGCAGCUUAAUAGCUGAACAGGUGCAUAUUUUGGGUAGGGUGAAAUGUGACUUUUGCUGUCGGUUGAGGGGUGCUAGGUUCUGUCAUUUGUAUGUAAUGUUCAGUGACGUUGAAACAGAACUGGUGAUUUUUCUGUACUAUGAAACACGUUUAUUAUUUUACCCCUGUGCGUCUUUCCUCUGCUCGUGACACGGUCUCCUUCCCCAGCCCAGUAAAUGCUAAUAUAGCUCCUACAGCGGUGCUGCUCUGGUAAGGGAAAUUAUCUGUGCUGCUCCUCUCCUGUUUUCAGUGUGGCAUUGCUUAGCUGUGUCAAUGCAGGUUUGCGUGGUCUUGCCUUCAGUAGUAAUGUAUGAGUGCGGUACAAUACAGCGGUAACAUAAUUGUCAUUUGCCCUGCCUUGCCAGGGCUACGGUGUAAGGUAUAAACCGUAAUGUUAAUUAUUAAACAAAAUAUAAAUAAAUUGAAAUGUAGCCAAGCCACAGCGAUCUUUUAGUUGGUGAUCAACGUGUGCUUUAAUCUCAGAUGAGACUGCUCCAUGUGAUCAAGCCGUUUAGACCCAGUACACUUCUUCUGUCUGUACAGUCUAUAACACGCUACAGCCCCCAGCUAGUGCCUGACUCAGCGGGACUAUCCUGCUCUCUGCUUACCGGGAAACCACCAUGCCUGCUGCUACCGAACUGAGCGGGGCCAUCAUUGCAACAGAGUCUGUGUUGGUACUAGAAGAGUUGCUUUACUGAUUUUGUUUUGGCAGUGUGUUUGGAUAAGAGCCAGCUGUUGUGAUCUAACCAUACAAUGUGUUUCUCUGUACAAUGUAGUGUGGUAUGAUUGACUUUUGAAAUGGGUUCCAUGUUAAAUGAAUACACUAACCACCAGAACUAGUACAUUUAAUGGUUUUUUAUGAUGAUUAUUUAUUUUUAUUUUAUUUUUUUAAGGAACUUUGUAACGUUAAAAUUGGUUAUUUUUAAUGUUGGAGUCCCUGUUGGGUAUGUAAAUGAAAUAACUGCUGUCUUUAAAGGUUUCUUUCCUACGGGUGUUUCUCCUCGCUAGAUUUUCAGAGAUGAUUAAUUUGACGCAGCUAUGACCUUUUGUUAUAAGGAGCAACAGAUCCCUUUAUACUGGCUUCCAGAAAAGUUAUCUGUGAUAAAGUGGAUAAUGCCCAAUGGUUUGUCUUCUAAUCGGGUCAUACAGGGGUUUGCACAAUUCAAGGACUCCAUUAACUGCUGGCUGAAGGUGUGCUCUCCUGGCCUGUAUGGCUCCUUUAUGGAAGAGUUUGUGGUUUAAUAAUGGACGGGGGAGGUGUCUGUAUAACAUUUUAAUAAGUGCCUGAUCAUACUGUAAAUGAAGCCAUUAUUAAUGUUGGCUUUAAGAUUUAGCUACUGACUUCAAGUUGCUGUCCCCCAAAUCAAUGUAUUAUUUUUCAUUCAGUAUAGGAUUACCCCAGUAAUCUGUGAAACUGACAGCGUGGGUUUCUCCUUCCUUUACACAAAUUAUUCACUAAAUAUUUUGUAUCUUGCGGUUCUCAAUAACGCUGGAGACAGUUGCUUAUUGUAGAUGUUGAUUUAUCCAGCCUCUGAUUUAGGUUUACACUAGCUGACUGCUGUACAGGAUCGAGCCAUCUGGAGUAAAAGUGAAAAAGAUUGCCUUCCCCUCUAGCUUUAUUAAAAAAAAAAGACAUAAGUAGAAAGACUAUUUACUUGUAAAAUUAAUAUCUGUAAAGGCAAAUGGAAUACAAGUAUACAGCUCAAUAAAAGGUCUAUUUUGUGUAUAA